AUGGCGGACAAGAAAGCCCCCGAGGAGACGGAGGAGAAGACGCAGGCGAAAGAGCACGACGUCUCGAUCGUGCUGUCGUACAUGGACGACGAGCACGAGAAGGCCGCGAUCGAGGUCGCGUGCGCGGCGUUCGAUAAGUUCACGCAGUACAAAGACGUCGCGCAGUGUAUUAAAAAAGAGUACGACGCGAGAUAUCCGAGCACGGGCAAGGCGACGGACGGCGUGUACCACGCCGUCGUGGGGAAGCACUUCGGCGCGUCGUUCUCGCACGAGACGAACAGCUACGUGCACCUGAAAGUGGACCUGAACAACGUCGUCGUUUUUAAGAGUAAGGACUCGCCGUUCGACAUCGAUCAACCGUGA